AUGACGUCUGCAAGAGCUGUCCUUUCUAAGAACUACGCUGCUGCGAUGGCGCGCGGCCAGGCAAACGGAUCGUUAGCCCAAGAUCACCAGCGAUCUCCUUCACGUACUAUUACAGGUUUAAGACGAUGGUCGAUUGUCAAUCGUGAUCUACCACCCGUGUCCCAAGUUAAAGCGAUCCAUGUAUACGACUUCGAUAACACAUUAUUCCUGAGUCCUCUUCCGAAUCCGCAGCUGUGGAACGGGCCGACCAUUGGUUUUCUUCAGGCUUAUGAGAGCUUCGCAAACGGCGGAUGGUGGCAUGAUCCGAACCUCCUUGCUGCCACCGGGAAAGGUGUCGAGAUCGAAGAAUCGCGUGGCUGGGAAGGGUGGUGGAAUGAGCAAAUCGUACAAUUGGUCAAGCUCAGUAUGCAGCAAAAAGAUGCUCUGACAGUACUUCUCACUGGUCGAAGCGAGAGUGGCUUUUCAAGCCUGAUCAGGCGCAUUGUGGAGAGUAGGGAACUUGACUUUGACCUUGUUUGUCUCAAGCCAGAAGUUGGGCCCAACAGCGAGCGGUUCUCUACUACUAUGGAGUUCAAGCAAUCUUUCCUUGAAGACCUCGUUCUCACGUAUAACCAGGCCGAUGAAAUACGUGUUUACGAGGAUCGCGUGAAGCAUGUGAAACAUUUCCGGGAUUUCUUUGAACAGUUGAACCGGAGGUUUCAGUCUGUACCAAAUCCUUCUCCCAGAAAACCAGUUAAUGCGGAAGUGAUACAGGUAGCAGAAGGAGCUACGUUCCUGUCCCCGGUAAUUGAAACAGCUGAAGUGCAACGUAUGAUCAAUGCUCAUAACCGCGCUGCCCGCAACCCGUCACUCAAUGAUACAAAAUCCCCGUAUGGCAAAUUGCGCAUCAAACGUACCAUCUUUUACACGGGGUAUCUCAUAUCAAAUGCGGACUCCAGCCGUCUGAUCAGUCAGACACUGAACCCAAUGCUGCCCUCGGGGCUUGCUGAUUCAAAUGAACUCAAGUACAUGGCUAACAGUAUACUAAUCACGCCUCGCCCUGCCCCUCGGUCGAUCCUCGACAAGGUUGGCGGGCUUGGCAAGAAGCUCAGUUGGCAGGUUACAGGCACUGCGGUCUUUGAACAUAGGGUCUGGGCUGCCCGGUUAACUCCCGUUCCAGCAACAGAGAAGUAUUACACAGAAAAUCCACAGCCCGUGGUAGUCUUAGCAGUGCGCAAAGGCGCUCGCCCUAUUGAUGCUGGCAAAAUACAAAACUGGCAUCCUGUCCCUGCUGAUAAAGCUUUCACCUUUGAAACAGUCGUCGGUGAGAAAGUGGUUUUACGGGUCGAAGAAGAGAACCCCCAUGAAGGCGAGUGGGAGAGUCAAUUUUUGAAUAAAAAUCACAAGAGACGCCACCAGCAGGAGCGUGAUGAAGAUAUUUUAUACCCACAGUCAAGUGGCCAUGAUGGUCCAGCGUCAGGGAGGCCGCCACCCUUCAACCCACGCCAUGGGGCUAGUAACCGCCAUCACCACGAGGAUGGCCCUCGCCGUGGAGGGUCGUAUCGUGGUCGUGGUCGUGGGUCCGGUCCAAGAGGUAGAGGGCACGCAAGCCGAGGAGGGGCGCGUGGCAGAGGCCGUGGGCGCGAUGCCGGACCUCCACCAGGCUAUAGAUCGUUAGAUGAUUAUGCUGGAUAUGACGGGCCGUAUGAAGAGAAGCCUGGGCCAGGCAAUGGUGGUGGUGGCCCCGUGAUGAAUUACUAG